GCAAUGGUCCAAGGUGGAGGCGAUCAGCGGGACAGCAACGGUCCAAGGUGGAGGCGGUCAGCGGGACAGCGACGGUCCAAGCUGGAGGCGAUCAGCAGGACAGCAACGGUCCAAGGUGGAAACGUUCAGCGGGACAGCAAUGGUCCAAGGUGGAGUCGAUCAGCGGGACAGCAACGGUCCAAGGUGGAGACGGUCAGCGGGACAGCAACGGUCCAAGGUGGAGUCGAUCAGCGGGACAGCAACGGUCCAAGGUGGAGACGGUCAGCGGGACAGCAACGGUCCAAGGUGGAGUCGAUCCGCGGGACAGCAACGGUCCAAGGUGGAGACGGUCAGCGGGACAGCAAUGGUCCAAAGUGGUGGCGAUCAGCGGGACAACAACGGUCCAAGGUGGAGUCGAUCAGCGGGACAGCAACGGUCCAAGGUAGAGGCGGUCAGCGGGACAGCAACGGUCCAAGUAGAGGUAAUAGGAUCACCGGAACAGCCGAUAACGAUUCGAUUCAAUUUCAACACCGCGAGCCUUGCUUCUGGGUAUGCAGACGAUUCUUUGAAUCGUCCCACCAGGGGUACCAAAUUAUGUGUAGGACGCUUCACCUGUGGUAAAAGGACCUGGUGAAUAUCUCCUGUCCUUCACACAAGAGGGGAACCAGCUUCUAUAGUGGUUGAUAUAAUUAGACUCUGAUAUUCUUUGUCGAGUCGAAGCAAGGUGUAAAUCGGUGUUGAAAUGAUUAAAAUACGUGUGAGAUAAUUAGUUUAUUUAACACAAACACUAAUAUUUACAAGUAUCGUACAAAAUAAUUAUUAUUGUUUUUACUACAACAAAAAAACAUACAUAAAUUUGCUAUGUGCAAUUGACAGUAAAGUGAACCGCGAUUUAAGAGUGAAACAUGUGAUUAGUAACAAGUGAGAGAAGAUUCGCGUGAAAAACCGUGUAAUGCGAUAGGAAAAUACGAGACGUGAAUACUUUCAGAGUUGAGCGAGAGACGCGACCGAUUAGCUCGGUAGUUGACG